UCUAAGAAACGAGUAGUGGUAAUCGGCAAUGGAAUGGUGGGUCAGAAAGUCAUGGAGAAUCUACUCAAGAUUGGUGCUGCUGCCGACGGCAACGAAAAGCAGCUGCAGCUCUCAACCUUUUGCGAAGAACCUCGAGCGGCCUAUAACCGCGUGAAGCUCACUUCGUACUUUGAGACACGCGACCCUUCCGCGCUAUCCAUGACGAGCGAGUUCGACAAAGAAGGCAAGACCGUCUGGUACGACGAAAAUGGCGUCGAGCUCUUGCUCAAAGACAAGGCUGUUUCGAUUGAUACGGAAGCCCAGACCGUCACGGGACAAUCCGGGAAAGUUCUCUCCUACGAUGCUUGCGUGCUAGCGACUGGAUCGUUUCCCUUCGUGCCGCCCAUUCCCGGUAAGCAACGUCCCGGAGUCUUCGUCUACCGUACAAUUGAAGACCUCGAGAAUAUGUUACAGUACGCCCAAGACAACAACGUCAAGUCGGCCGCGGUGAUCGGUGGUGGCCUCCUGGGCCUCGAAGCCGCUAAAGCCGCGAAGGAUAUGGGCCUCGAAUCCCAUAUUAUUGAGUUCGCCGAUAUUCUCAUGUGUCGACAAAUCGAUCAGGGUGGCCACAACGCCCUCGUCGGAGUCAUUGAAGACAUGGGUCUCAAGGUGCAUUGCGGCGCACGUACCGAAUCCUUUGUCGGCCAGGACGGUUCCACCGACAUGGAAUCCAUGUCCCCCGUCUCGGCCUUGCGAUUCAGCAACGAGGACUGGGAGGAUCUUCCUGUGCAAAUGGUUAUUGUCAGCGCUGGCAUUAAGCCGCGUGACGAACUCGCGCGGGACGCCGGCAUCGCCGUUGGGGAACGCGGUGGUGUCGUAGUCGAUGAUCAAAUGCGCACGUCGGCCAAAGGGGUGUACGCAGUAGGGGAGAUCGCCCUCUACAAUAACUUCAUCUACGGAUUGAUCGCACCGGGAUACACCAUGGCGGAUGUGGCGGCCAAGUGUCUAGCUGACGAUUUUGGGAUCGGCAAAGCUCUAGAUCCCGAGAACCUUCCUGCCUUUACCGGCGCCGACAUGUCUACCAAACUCAAGUUGCUUGGAUGUGAUGUCGCCUCGUUUGGUGUUAAUCAACCUCGAUCCGACGACAAGGAUGUUUCCGAAAUGGUCUGGAAUGACCCAGUCAGCCGAGUUUACCGUAAACUUAUUUUGAACAAAGCGGGCACCAAGCUUCGUGGUGGAAUCUUGGUCGGAGACGCUGCCGACUACGAUAAACUACACAAACUUGCUGUCAAGAGCGAAGAAGAGCUCACGGAAAAUCCGGCCAUGCUCUUGCCUCCGAUCUCGGCCCGUGGUGGGGUGGCGGAAGAAAACGAGGGUGUUUCGGACGACCCAACGGCUCAGAUUUGUUCUUGCAAUGAUGUCACGCGGGGUGACAUUGCCUCAACGAUCGUGGAGCUUGGGGUGGAAGGCGCUACACUGUCGGCCGUCAAGAAGUGCAGCAAUGCAGGCACUGGUUGUGGUGGAUGUGAACCCCAAGUUAAAGAUAUUCUCAAGCAGGAACUCGCGAAGUUAGGUGGCACUUUGUCCAAUCAUCUCUGCGAACAUUUUUCCUAUUCUAGGCCGGAACUCAUGGCCUUGGUGCGUACCGACACGGACCCCUCCAGCGUGGACUCCUUCGAAAAAGUUUUGCACAAACAUGGCCAUGGAGAUGGCUGCGAAGUUUGCAAGCCGACAGUGGGUUCCAUUCUUGCCUCGCUUAACAACGGCAUCAUCAUAGACGACGGACGUGAUGCUUUGCAAGAUACGAAUGAUCGUGCUAUGGCGAACAUGCAGCGUGGUGGAUCUUAUUCUGUUGUACCUCGGGUGCCGGCCGGUGAGUUGUUGCCUGAUCAGCUAAUCGCAUUGGGAGUCGUUGCAAAGAAGUACGAUCUCUAUACGAAGGUGACCGGUGCUCAGCGAGUCGAUCUGUUCGGCGCCGCCAAACACCAGCUACCUGAUAUUUGGGAAGAGUUGGGGCAGGCUGGUUUCGAAUCUGGGCACGCAUACGGAAAAGCUCUCCGUACCGUGAAAUCUUGCGUCGGAUCAACGUGGUGUCGUUACGGUGUACAAGAUGCAGUCUCGUUCGCGGUUGAGAUCGAAAACCGGUACAAAGGAAUUCGAUCCCCUCAUAAAUUGAAAAGUGGCGUUUCUGGGUGUGUGCGGGAAUGUGCUGAAGCCCAAAGCAAAGAUUUCGGCCUCAUCGCUACCGAGAACGGGUACAACCUGUACCUCGGUGGUAACGGCGGGACGAAUCCCGUCCACGCCGAGCUCUUCGCCACGGAUAUUGACGAAAAGACUGUCAUCAAGUACCUCGACCGAUACCUCAUGUACUACAUAUUGACAGCCGAUCGCUUGGAGCGCACAGCUGUUUGGCAGAAAAAGCUUCCUUCAGGUAAAGAUGGAAGUGGGCCGAUCGGGCAUCUGCAUGAAGUCAUCAUCGAAGACUCUCUCGGCAUCUGUGACGAACUCGACACUCGUAUGGAGCAUUUGGUUGACACAUAUCACGAUGAAUGGGCAGAAGUUGUAAAAGAUCCAGCGCGUCGUGCUAAGUUCAAGCAAUUUGUGAAUACUGACGAAACAUUAUCCAAGGAUUCGAUGAUCGAGUUCAUUGAUAUGCGAGGACAAAAACGCCCCGCU